CAAACAACAGAUAUAAAUUGGAUGUAGAUGAUGAAUACUUUUAUUGCGUUUUAAUUUUACAGAAGAAGGACUGUAUUAAAAUGUGAUAUGAAAUAUUUGUGAUAAUUUUUUAGUAUACUGUGCCUGUUUCAGUUGAAGUGUAAUAUUACAAAAUGAAUAAUGAUACUGGACUGACUCAUAUUGAAGAAACUGUAAGCGAAACGACAUCAGACACGGCACAAUUGAUAAGCAAUGAAGCUAGCACCUCUAACUAUGCACAGCUAAAUAGAUCAGUUACGUUUCAGAAUUCAGACGAUGAUGAAUUAAAUUGUAGCCAUGGCAUAAGGAGGAGACAGCCAGUUCAAAAAAUUGAACCGGGUUCUAUGAACAUACUCUCUGCUAAAUAUGAGAGCUUGGACUAUGAUACCUGUGAGAACCAUUUACUCCUUGAUGAAGAACGUAAAAGGGGCUAUCCAUUUAUUGUAUGGAAGGACAUUGCUCGGUGGUUUGUUAUCCUACAGAUUGGAGUUGUGACGGCGUUAAUAGCUUUUGUAAUUGAUAUAUGCAUAGAAGAAUUCUCAGGAAUAAAAUAUAAGCAACUGAAAAAAUCUGUUGACAUUUAUGUAUUGGAAGAUAAACUAUACAUACCAUACCUUUUGUGGGUAUUAUCAAAUAUAUGCAUAGUAUUUUUGGGGUCAGUGCUGGUCGCAUAUGUCGAGCCAGUGGCAGCAGGUAGUGGCAUACCGCAGGUGAAAUGUUACCUGAAUGGUGUCAAAGUACCGAGAGUUGUGCGCAUCAAGACACUGGUGGUGAAGGCGGUUGGUGUCAUUACUGCUGUGGUCGGAGGAUUGGCCGGAGGAAAGGAAGGUCCUAUGAUCCACAGUGGGGCGGUAGUUGCAGCAGGUAUAUCGCAAGGAAAGAGCACGACGUUCAACAAAGACUUCAAAAUAUUUCAUUACUUCCGCGAGGAUCACGAGAAGCGUGAUUUUGUGUCUGCGGGCGCGGCGGCCGGGGUGUCUGCAGCUUUUGGGGCUCCUAUUGGUGGAGUACUGUUCUCAUUAGAGGAAGGAACUAGUUUCUGGAAUCAGGCAUUAACAUGGAGGACAUUUUUUGGAACUGUUGUGUCUACAUUUACUUUGAAUUUCGCUCUAUCUACAUAUCAUGGACAUCCAGGGGAAUUGAGUUACCCAGGUCUAUUAAACUUGGGUAAAAUGGAACCGUUUCCGUUUCAAUUCUAUGAACUGCCCGUGUUCAUGCUAUUUGGUGCGGUUGGUGGUAUGAUGGGUGCGCUGUGGAACUAUAUUAAUUACAGGCUGGCCGUCUUUAGAAUAAGGUAUGUGAAUGCGCCAUGGCUGCGCGUGGUGGAGGCCUGCCUUGUGGCGGCGGCGAGCGCCACGUGCGGUUUCCUCAUGAUGUUCCUGCUUGACGACUGCCGCCCACUCGGCGAGGACCCCACCAAGAACCCACUGCAGUUGUUUUGCGCGGACGGUGAAUACAACGCAAUGGCAGCGAUCUGGUUCCAAACGCCAGAAGAAUCCGUACGUUCGUUUUUACACGAUCCUAUCGGUUCCUACAAGCCGUGGUCGUUACUGGUCUUCAUCAUCUGCUACUUCUUGUUGUCGACGUGGACGUUCGGGUUGGCUGUGUCUAGUGGACUGUUCAUUCCAAACCUGCUGACCGGCGCCGCUUGGGGAAGAUUGCUCGCCAUUUUGAUACAAUAUAUGCUUCCUUCUAAUAGUAUAAACCCGGCGAAGUAUGCGCUGGUGGGCGCAGCGGCGCAGCUGGGCGGCGUCGUGCGCAUGACCAUCUCGCUCACCGUCAUCAUCAUUGAGACAACUGGUCAGAUCUCCAACGCGCUGCCCAUCAUUGUCACUGUGGUCGUCGCCAAGUGGACAGGCGACUUCUUCAACGAGGGUAUCUACGAUAUACACAUCCAAUUAGCGGGGGUUCCCCUGCUGGGCUGGGAGCCACCACCACUCACGCACACGGUAUACGCCUCCGAGGUGAUGUCUCACCCCGUGUUCACACUGCGCACCGUCGAGAGUGUCGGACACGUGCUCGAGCUGCUCCGGCUUGUGUCUUACAAUGGAUUCCCAGUUGUUGAUCCACCGCUGUCAGAUCAUUCGGAGGUGACAACAUACAAACGUCUCAGAGGAUUGAUACUCAGAUCGCAGUUAAUAGUGCUGCUCCAGAAUAAGAUAUACAAUGAGAACGCAAACACAACAUGGUCCAACUUAAAUGUUGAUAUGAACAUGUUCCGGAAGGAAUAUCCACGUUAUCCAUCUAUUGAUGAGCUAAAUAUAGAAGAAUGGGAGAAAUCAUGCUCAAUUGAUUUGAGGCCUUUCAUGAAUCCUUCUCCGUACACAUUGCCACAUCGUGCCUCAUUACCGAGAUUGUUCAAACUAUUCCGAGCUCUAGGACUGAGGCAUCUUCCUAUAGUCAAUGAUGUUAAUGAAGUUGUAGGUAUGGUAACGCGCAAAGACAUUGCCCGAUAUAGAGUUUGGAGACACAGAGGACAUAUGGGGAUGGAAGAGUUACUGUUAUCUAGUGAGAUUUAAAUUAUGACAUAUUUUAUAUUAAGUUAUUGAUGUUAUUUAUGCCAAAUAGAGGACUUAUUGUAUAAAUAAAGUUU